AUGUCAUUGGUUACGUUGAAAAACCAGGUAGGGAGGUUAUUGAAGAAGUCAAAGUCGGAUGAAGAGUUGGAAAGGAUCGAUGCUUCGUUAUCUAAUAAUAACAGACCGUACGGGUCAACAGAGGAUGGAAAUGACAGAACGCAGGAAAUAAUAGUGGAGGAGGCCAUGGCCAACGCUGCGAAGCUGAACGGGUCGGUGAGCAGUGAAGAAGACGAGAAAAUCGGGUUUUUUGAUAAAUUUGACCCUAGAGUGAUGUCGGACAUAAUUAUUGGUUUAUCGGACGGAUUGACGGUUCCGUUCGCAUUGACGGCAGGGUUGUCGUCUUUGGGGGACUCGAAGUUGGUUAUCACAGGUGGAAUGGCCGAAUUGGUUUCGGGAGCGAUUUCGAUGGGAUUAGGGGGAUUUUUGGCCGCCAAAUCGGAGUUGGAAUACUAUAAAUCGCAGGUGAAGAAGGAAAAAUUGGAAUUUUUUAAGAAACCCGAGUUAAUCAACCAAGAAGCGGCCGAAAUCAUGUUUGAUUUGGGGGCCUCUGAACAAACCAUUGGUUCAUUUUUGAAGGAUUUGGAUGCACAACCAAAAAACCUCAUUGACUUUGUUAUUCGUUUUGGAAAGGGUCUUGAAGAGCCUGCAGAAGGCAGAGAAUUCACAUCGGCAUUGACCAUUGGACUGGCUUACUUUUUGGGUGGUUUCGUUCCAUUAUUACCAUAUUUCUUCUGUUCGGUAGUCAAAACUGGCUUAAUUACCUCGGUCCUUGUUAUGUUGAUUACCUUAUUCAUUUUCGGCUACGUCAAGACCUCCAUCUCUUUAGGAGAAGAUUGCGGAAGGGCUAAGAAAUUCAUUGAAGGUGUUCAAAUGGUGGCUAUUGGUUCGAUCGCUGCUGGGGCUGCAUGGACAUUAGUGUACUUUAUUGAUAAUUGA